AACUUCCCAACUCAAUACCAUGCAGCAACAGUUCGGAGUAUUCCAGCUAGUGCUUGCACAACUCCUAGCCAGAAACAGCCUUGAUGACCCUCUUAUCAACUUACUAAACCCAGCUCACCCCAUAAUUCCUCAUCAACAACAACAGCCUGUUAACUCCCCUAUCCGGAGCAUUGUCCCCCCCAAGAGUGCCUCCCAGUUACAAUCUCACUUUCCACCUCUGCCCCCUAAUCCACCCCAACCAGUAGCCUCAGACGAACCAUACCCAUCUAGCUUUAGGAUGCCUCAGUUCGAGACAUAUGACGGAACUAAAGACCCUGAUGACCACUUGCACGCCUUUUAUUCUAUCAUGCAGGCUCAUAAUGCCUCGGACGCCCUCAUGUGCAAAAUAUUCCCAUCCACAUUAUGUGGUAAUGCUCAAACUUGGUUCAAUGACGUUGUACUAGAGAUCGAUUUGUUUGACCAAGCUAUGGGAAUCGCCAUCAUCACCCAAGGGCUUGGCCAUGAGCGAUUUCGAAACAGUUUGAUCAAACACCCUCCUGCUUCAUUUGAAGAGGUUAAUAAAAGAUCUCGCAACUUCAUCACUACAGAAGAAUAUGUGCUGUCGCAGAAGCCCUUAACCAUCAAGGACAAUAGAAGCCCCACGUGGAGGGAAGAAAGGCCGAGCAAGAACAAAUUCAAAGCCAUUCAAAACCAAGGUCCAUUCUCAACCGCCAAGGUUGACAAGCCUGGUGUGAGUAGCUCGCAGAUCAUGGGAAGGCAGCCCACUUGGACUGCAUGUACACUACUGAGAGAUCACACUAAAUAUUGUGACUACCACCAAGAUCACAGCCAUAUAACAGAAGCAUGCAAUAUGUUAAAGUUCGAGCUCGAAAGCUUGGCACGGAAGGGGAUGUUGAAUGAGUUCAUCCCUAAUAAAGACCACUCGACCUUUGUAAGGGAACAACACCCAAAAUCCCAAGGGCCCCAAGGUGCUGGUAACAAGAUGGGGGUCAGGUACCAACAACCUCCACCUCCACCUCCGCUCCCUACCCCAGCUACAAUCAUUCAUAUGAUAAAUGGGGGCUUAGAGGCAGCAGGGAUGAGCUCAAAGCAGCAAAAACUCUAUGUCAGGGAAGUUAGGCAUUAGAACCAAGCUCAGAAGAGGAAGCUCUAUGACGAAGGGUGGAAAGACCAACCCAUAACAUUCACAUUGGCCUUGCUAGUCAUGACAAUCAUCAUCAACAACUGUGAAGUCUAUCGUAUCCUUGUCGACACUGGAAGUGUUCCGGA